CGAGCCAUCGUUCACUACGCAAAACCCUAUUCUCGUUUACAAGUUUCUACUUUAAUUCACUUCACUUGCAUGUGUUUUGCUUGUCCUGAAUACAAGAAAUGGCGGAAGGAGUUCUCUUCAACAUUGCAGAACGGAUCAUUGUAAGGCUUGGAAACUGUGCUUUCCAAAAGAUUGGAUCGAUUUGGGGUGUCCAAGAUGAGCUCAACAAGCUCAAGGAGACCGUUGCUGGAUUCCAAGAUGUUCUUCUUGAUGCUGAGCAAAAGCAAGCCUACAACAAUGAAGUCAAGUUGUGGCUCCAAAGCGUAGAAGAUGCAGUUUAUGAAGCCGAUGACGUGCUGGAUGAGUUUAAUACUCAAGUUCAGAAGAGACAAGUGAUGCGUGACAAUACUAAGCUGUCAAAGGUGCGCCUUUUCUUUUCUAGCUCAAAUCAACUUGUUUUUGGGUUAGAGAUGAGUCAUAAGAUAAAAGAUAUUAACAAGAGGCUUAGUGAGGUUGCAUCCCGUAGACCCAAUGACUUAAACAAUAAUCGUGAAGAUACAAGAUUUAUAUUGAGAGAGAGGGUCACUCACUCAUUUGUCCCUAAGGAAAAUAUUAUAGGGAGAGAUGAAGAUAAAAUGGCAAUUAUCCAACUUUUGUUGUAUCCCAUCUCAACCGAGAAUGUGUCAACCAUUUCCAUAGUUGGAAUUGGAGGAUUGGGGAAAAGUGCCCUUGCCCAACUCAUAUUCAAUGAUGAGGUGAUUCAAAAGCAUUUUGAGUUGAAAAUAUGGAUAUGUGUCUCUAAUAUAUUUGAGUUGGAUAUAUUGGCCAAGAAAAUCCUAAAAGCUGACGAGCUUGAUAAGAAGCAGCGUGAUAAGGUGGACCAGCUUGAUAUGGAUCAGCUGCAAAUUGAUCUUAGAAAAAAAGUAGAUGGGAAGAAAUACCUACUUGUGUUGGAUGAUGUGUGGAAUGAGGAUCCACAUAAGUGGUUUAGCUUGAUGGACUUGUUAAGGGGUGGUGGAGAAGGUAGUAGAAUAUUAAUAACCACUCGUACUAAAACCGUUGCGAUGACAUCACACACAACUAAACAGUACCCCUUAAGGGGUUUGAAUGAAGUGCAAAGCUGGUCCUUAUUUAAGAAAAUGACUUUUCAAGAUGGAAAAGAACCAGAGAAUUCAACAAUUAAGGCAGUUGGGAUGGAGGUUGUAAGAAAAUGUCAGGGAGUUCCACUCGCUAUAAGGACGAUAGGUGGGAUGUUGCGCAACAAACAUCAUGAAAUAGAAUGGUUUAAUUUCAAAGAAAGGAAACUUUCAAAAAUAAGUCAAAAAGAAGAUGAUAUUUUACCAACACUCAAACUAAGUUAUGAUGUGCUCCCAUCACAUUUGAAGCAUUGUUUUGCUUAUUGUAGCUUGUUCCCACCUGAUUAUGAUAUCUCUGUACCAAGAUUGAUUAGACUUUGGGUGGCACAAGGGUUCAUUGAGUCAUGCGACGAAAACGAGUGUUUGGAGGAUGUUGCAUUUGAAUAUUACAGGGAAUUGUUGUGCAGAUCGUUUUUUCAAGAAGAAAAAACAAAUGAGUUUGGUAUAAUAGAAAGUUGUAAAAUGCAUGAUCUCAUGAAUGAACUUGCAAUCUCUGUGUCGGGGGUUAGAAGCACUGUAGUUGAGUCAAACCAAAAGAAUUUUCAUGGAAAGCUUUGUCAUGUAUCUUUCAAUUUUGAUAUUGAUUUGUCGAAAUGGGAAGUGCCAACAUCCUUGCUAAAAGCAAGCAAGAUACGAACCUUUCUUUUUCUUCGGCAACAAGCUUGGGUUGAUCACCAAAGUUCCUCACGUAAUGCAUUUUAUACUACAAUUGUUUCAAAUUUUAAGUUAUUGCGUAUGUUGAGUCUCAAUACAUUAGGAAUUACAACAUUACCUAAUUGUCUUAGAAAAAUGAAACAUUUGAGAUAUCUUGAUCUUAGUGAGAAUCCCAUGGAGAGACUUCCAGAUUGGAUAGUUGGACUUUCGAAUUUGGAAACACUAGAUCUCAGUUGGUGUGAAAGUCUUGUGGAAUUGCCUAGAGACAUUAAAAAAAUGAUCAACUUAAGGCAUCUCAUCUUGGAAGGCUGUUGGAAAGUGACUGGAAUGCCACGUGGAAUUGGUGAAUUGAAAGGUGUUCGUACAUUGAAUAGAUUUGUUUUGAGCAAAAGCAAUUGUUUGGGGAGGGGCGGUAGUGCUGGUCUUGCUGAGCUGGGUACCCUUAAGGAAUUAAGGGGAGAGUUAGCCAUUGACAAUUUGAGGCAUGUGGUGUCAGAAUCAAAUGUUGGUACACCUCUCAAGGACAAACACCUUGAUAAGUUGCGAUUAAAUUGGAAAUACGGAGAAGAUAUAAGCGCGGUUGAUGAGGAGGAUAUUAUAAAGUCAAUGGAAGUAUUGCAACCCCAUUCUAAUCUAAAGCAGUUGAAAGUGUGGUGCUAUUAUGGUGGUGUGAGGUUUCCGAGUUGGUUUUCUUCUCUCAUAAAUAUUGUUAAUCUCGAAUUAUGGUGGUGUAAGAGAUGCCAACAUCUUCCGCCCUUGGAUCAUUUGCCUUCCCUUAAGUCUCUUACAUUGGUUGGGUUCGACAAGUUGGAGUACAUAUCAGAGAAUGAGAGCAGUAAUAGUAUGAGUGAUGAGAUGAUGAGGAUCUCAUUCUUUCCCUCCCUGGAGACACUCAAGAUAGGAUAUUGCCCUGUUCUGAAGGGAUGGUGGAGGGCCCACACUCAUAACAGUGCUUCUUCUUCUUCAUCAACGGAAAAUCUGUCGUUGCCUUCUUUUCCUCGUCUUUCUACAUUGGAUAUCUCUAAUUGUCCUAAUCUAACUUCCAUGCCUCUGUAUCCAAAUGUGGAGAGAAUAAAACUUACGAGCAGCUGGAAGGUUGUUGAUUUCUUGUUUUUUAGAGGGGCAUCUAAUAUUACACAUGAUGUUGGUGUUGAUGUUGGUGUUGAUGUUGAUGUUUCUGCCUCUUCUUCUUCCCCUCAUCUCUCCAAAUUAACACAUCUCAGACUAGAGGGAAGUGCGGAUUUGGCAUCACUGCUAGAAGAAAUAAGCAAUCUCACGUCACUGCAGCAUCUUGAAAUUAUUUAUUGCUCUAAUUUGGCAUCACUGCCAGAAGAAAUAAGCAAUCUCACGUCACUGCAACAUCUUGAAAUUAUUUGUUGCUCUAAUUUGGCAUCACUGCCAGAAGAAAUAAGCAAUCUCACGUCACUGCAGCAUCUUCAAAUUAUUUGUUGCUCUAAUUUGGCAUCACUGCCAGAAGGGAUUCGUGGACUCCCCUGUUUAAAUAGAUUGAAAAUUUGGCAGUGCCCCAUGUUAAGCGAAAGAUGCAAGAAAGAAACAGGUGAGGACUGGUUUAAGAUUGCUCACAUCCAAUCCAUUGAAAUUGAUGAAUCUUAAGCAUUUUAUUUUUCUUUCCAGAUGGCAUACCAUGUGGAUCAAUGAUUUUGGUAUGCAUUCAUUACCCACUAAAUUCAAUUUUUUUUUUAAUUUCUCUUUAAUUUCCUUCUUUUCAAUUAUAUAAUCUUAUAUGCAGUGAAUGGGGCGUCAACCUUUUGGAUUCAAUAUGUAAGGGCCAUGUUGAUUGCUUGAAAUGGUUGUAUAUGAUUUUACUUUUGAUCGUCGGGGUUUUAAGUACUAUGUCCCCUCGUUGUAUGUUUUUUCUUUAAAUAAUAUAAUACGGGCGUGAGGGCCUAGCCCCCCAGCUUCGACUGGGUUCCAGCCCUCAUUAAA